AUGUCCGAAACCGAUUCCUCAUUGCCCUCAAAGCAAGUUCCCCUGGCAUCUCUCGCUCCUGGCACCUAUGACAACGAACCCGGAUUCUUUGUCGCAAUUAUUAGCCUCCUCUGGCCCUUUUCACCUAGCAGCUCUUCUCUAUCCAUUUUAGCAUCCGAGAAGGAUUUUCGCUUGCGUAAGAACCGAGGGCAGGUUAGGGUCAAUUUUACUGGUCUCGCAGCGUCGGUAGUGGACCAGACGAAGCUUCAAAUUGGGGACCGCGUGAUCAUCUCGUUGGAAGGGGUCGAGUUUCAACCACUAGACGAUGCCACCGAAAGGGAUGUUCCAUGGGUCGUGGUGUACUCGACUAGAUUGGCUAUGAAGGUGAAGACGACAUCCGGCUGGUCCACAAUUAACAUCGCACCGGAUUUGGAGGCAUCUCCUACACUCGCAAGCCAGGCCCUUCCGACCACACUAGAAGACACGCGAGCUCUUCCCCCUUCGACACCACUUUCGACCAAGCCGUUCUCGUUUUCAGAGGGCGAGAAUGAGUGGAGUACUCCUGGCCUUUUCAAGCGCUCCAUAACAUGGCUUUCCAACGAGCCGUCAUCAUCACCACUCCCAACAGAAUCACUCUUUGGGGGCGACGAUGACUAUGACUUGGAGCAUAGGAGUAAGCGGCCGAGAUUUAGCAACUCAUUUCGACUAUUAGAGCGGGGGGAGGUUACAGAAGGAGAAUCAGAGGGAUUAGAUGAGGAAAUCUCGACGAGAAGCCCCAAGGGCAAGGGCAAACAAGCGCCUAAAGCAGGGACCAGUGGAAUGGAACGUGAGGAUCAAAUCGGGGACGGUAAUGUGAGCUCUGUGCGAAUUGGUACCUCAGAGGAGAUGUCAGUUGAUGCAACAGAGGCUGCGGGAGCUGGCAAGACACCAGAUCGGCGAAUGAGAAUUCCCAUGCCCCCACCACCCCUGUCUCCUCUGGAUACUAGAAUGGGUGGAGAAGAUAUGCCGGAUUCGCCAUCAUUACGCCCUGUUCUGUCCGCCAACCUCCCACUUAUCUCCCCAUUUAUGAAUCGUGGAUUAUCUGGGGCUGAUUACAUGAGUCUGAACGAUACUCCGACUACCAAUACCGAGCCCGAAGGAAUACCCGUUCCCAUAAGCUCUGAUAUUACUGGCACGACCCCCACUCCUGGUCAAGCUAUCUUAACGAUGGCGAGGGGGGAGGUGAUACCUAAACCGAGCACACCUGAGGCCACCAACUAUCUAUCCGUUUCGGACCAGCGGAGGGCUUCACUCUCUGAUGAUGAGAGGCAACUAAGUGAUAUUGACAGUGAGAAAGAUUCGCUCUUUGAUGAGCCCUCUGAUGGUGAGACUGCUCACCAUCUGGCGCAGAGACGAAAGAUGAACGCAAGGUUCGCAACCACCUCUCAGCCCUCUAAGCUCAGUAUAGAGAUCACUUCUUCGAGGAUGAGUGAAAAUUUCGCAACACCACGCUCAGGGAAACCAAAAACGCCCUUCCUUUAUCUGCCCACGCCAUCGCCAAAAGUUGAGAAACGUUCCUUGCAUUUCCCUACCAGUGCCCUUCCAAAAAUCAGUUCGGGUUACUCGGGAACAAAUGACGGUUUCGAAUUUAGGUCUCCAACUGAAGGGAGGAGGUCCUUUCUGUGGGGAGAGGGGAGAGGGUCAUUUCCUAGCAACCUUUCGGCUUACUUUGGCCGUCCGGUGGAGAGCGAGGAUACAGGGGUGGAUCAUGAAUCCCCCUCCUCAGAGAAGCACGACAAUAACUCUGAAUGCCAGUCUUCAGGCAGUAGAUCGGUAAAUGACUCUAACUCUAAUCCAGAAACCGUAGCGGAAUCGGAUCUGGGCGGUCAACAAUCAGACUCUGCCUCUGAGUUCGAGUCGGGUGUUACUACAAACCUAUCGGAUUUCCCAGCCUUGUGUUCUCUAACUUGGGGCGCGCUGGUUGACAUCAUCGGAGUGGUAACACGGAGAAAACCUAUCCAACGAGCCAAAGGCGGACAAAAAGAUUUCUUCAUCUCCAUGAGAUUGGUCGAUUCAUCAACCCCCUACGGAAUAGCAGCCACGGCUCUCAGGCCUCACAAAGAGGCCCUGCCAAUUGUGGAAGUGGGGGAUGUGGUGCUCCUCCGGGAAUUCAAAAUAUCCUCCGUGAAACGUAGCCUUGUGGCUACAUCCACAUCCAAUUCUGCAUGGGCCGUUUGGAAAAAUCUGGGGAAAGAGAGGGCAGCCGUUGUGUCAGGCCCUCCAGUCGAAUACGGCCCAGAGGAGGAAAAAUAUGUGGAAGGGAUUGGAAAAUGGUAUGGUUCUUUAGAUGCAGGCACACGUGAGGAUCUUGAGAACGAUAGCGGGGAUGAGUCGGGGGAGGCUGCGAGCGAGGAAUAG